AUGGGUAUGAAAAGCGGAAAUGGAGAAGACGUCCUAGAGUUCAAGGAGAAUCAUACCCUCCAAGGUCGACUCUCGGCCGUCUUCAAUGCGAAGCACAAGAACAAGGGCAAAUCCAAAAGCAAAAUCGACAUCCACGACCCACACUCCAACCCACUGAGCUGGAUUCUCCCGGGCUUCGAGACUCUUUGGCGGAUUGUACUCAGACUAUUCCCCGUGCUGGACAGCAGUCAGCGCGAAGAAGACUAUAGACAGAUUCUUCCUGGCUUUGUGCACAGCCCCACGCCUACCCAAUUCAAACUUGAAUCCGACGACGAGCGCAUCUCGGCGGAAUCCCUCGUCAAAGAGGCACUCCGCCUCUACCCACCCACGCGACGAAUUCGGCGCGCAUUCCAGUUUGCGGGGGGCUCCACGGAUCCCAAUUCUAACAAUCGAGUUGAGGUUGUGACUGCAGCAGCAGACGUAGAAGCUUGCCAACUCGACACGGACCUCUGGGGAGCGGACGCAAUGCAAUUCAACCCAGCCCGAUGGAGGAAGGAGGAGAACUUCCUCGCCUUUGGGGAUCGGCCAUUUCUCUGCCCGGCCAGUCGCGGUUUCGAUCCGAUGGUGAUUUGCGCUUGUUAG